AUGAAUUACAUCAUCAUCAUCGUCAUCAUUAUCAUCAUCAUCAUCAUCAUCAUCACCAUCAUCAUCGACAGCAUGACAUCAGUGUUCAACACCGAUGCUUCACUGCCGUACAACCAUGACUUAUUUGAAAGCCUUAUUCCAUUUGCAAUGCCAAACCUCUGCACCAACGUUCUACUCAGGCAUGAUUUCCUAGGUCUACACGUCCACAGAGAAAUUUCAUUCGGUGGGGAUCCCGAUGCGUUCACCAUCUAUGGCCUGACGGCAGUGAACGUUGAAUUCCCAUCACUCUUCGCCGACUUAUCCCUGCGAUCCUGUUGUAAUCAAGUCGAGACGCCAUCCGGAUGA